UGUGUGUAAAAUGGCGACUGAAACCAAUCAACAGGUGUAAACAAAUUUUCCCAGGUGUUUUUAUAAUGGAAAAUGACGAAAAUAUUGCGUGAAACAAGGAAGAAGAAACAUGUCACUCUCUGCAACUAAUAGAAAGUCGUAUUGGACAGAUCAAAGAGACAGUUUAAACAGGAUCCGUUCAAGAUUAAGUGAUAGAGACUCGCCUAAGCGCCUUCGUGAGUCCCCUGUAGGCCAAAGAGACCAUUCUCCAUAUGGGAAGUACAGAAAGCCUACAUCUCCUGCCUACUUACCCAGGCUUGAACGUCACGAUCGGACGCCUGAAGGGUACAGAGAUGACCACGUCAGGGGGGGCCAAUAUGGAGUUGUCCCCCCUGUACAUCGUCGUGAGAAAAACAAAAGCCCGGCAGUAGACUAUGACAGCUGGGGUGAGGAGAGUGACGAAGAAGAAGACCACCAUCAGCAGCCUCAGUAUUAUAUGCCCCAGCCACUUCCCUACGGUUACCCCACCUAUGUGCCCCCUGGAGGUCCCCAACCUGUCGUGUUUGGACCCCCUUUUCCCAUGUACUACCCCCCACCCCCGCAAUAUCGUGGGAAAAACAGACGCAGUAAAGACAAAAGGCGACACAAAUCACCAGACCAAAACAGAUCAUAUAGGAAUGAUCCCCCCCUUCACCAUUCUAUACCAGGACAGGAUAUCUACGGAACAUAUCCCCGGGAACCGUCAGUCAAGGAUGACGUUCUCAAAAGAUAUAGGUAUAUUCACCCGCGAGAUAGUCCGUUUACUCCCCCGGCUGGGGAGACACUAGUGGAGCAACGAUACAGAGGAGAUAUUGAUUCGUUGAUGUAUUUUCACUUCACUGACCACCCCUUGUUUGCGGAGGACACGGUUGAUUGGUUGACUAAUGACUUACUAGAAGAUAUUAUCCCUGAUCUGCUCAUUGAGACUUUUACUGAUAUUUCUAAAUCGACACCUAGUCAUCCGCUCCAUGGCGUGUCAGGAACUCUCGCGGAGGAGAUCGGCAGCGAGGUUGUUCAGGAGGAGAUCGAGGCUGUUGUGAAGGAAGCUGUCAAUGACAUGGUCAAUGAUCACAUGGGCAGUAAGAGUGGAGAGGAUUGGCUGGCAGCCAUCAUCAAUGACCGGAUAGCCAACAGUGUGUUUGAUGACCUACUUGAUGGUCACAUCGACAAUAUAAAAGAUGAACUGAUUACGGCCAUCAUCCAGGAAGUUGUGAUAGAGGGCUACUUGGAAGAUGAGAUCAUUGAGGUAGAAGUGGAAGAGGAGUCCGCAGAGAUUGCACAUGACAUUCUAAACCGCUUUGACUCAAAACUCAUGAGGAAAGAACUGAAAGAGGUAUCUAAGAAGGCCAACGAGAAAUUGAUGGAUCAGUUUAUUGUUGAACAACUUUUGUUGUUGGUGGCAAAGCAAGGCAAAGUAUGGGGUGAAAAUGACCACUACAACAAAAUCAUGGAUGAUUUUAUCCUCACUCGGCUGCUUGAACAGUAUUACUUCGUCAGGGACGAGAGAAACAAGACGUUAGCGUCUAAACCCAUGAGGAAGUUACACGAGAAAGCUGUUUCUGCUGUGGCCUUAGAUGUGCUGUUACAACAAAUGCAUCAAUCCCUUGACGAGGACCUGGCUGAUGUUGACGAAUAUGAACGAGGAGUUGAUGGCAAUCAGUCGGCUCCAGCUACCCCCAUCAUACCUGCCCCAUCAACGAGAAUACCUCUCAGCUGAUGUAACCGUAAUAUUUAUGGAAAUUGACAGAAGCCUCAAAAGAUGGUGCUAUUGUAGUCUAUGUACACUACAAUCUGCAAAAGCCUCGAAAGACGGUGUUCGGGGCACAUAAAUGACAUUGCCUAAAAGAUUUGGGCCCGUAUUCAUGAAACCGUUGUCAUGCUGAAGCAAGGAUUUCCUAUUUCAGUCAUGAAGUAAUACACUGUUAAAAAUCUUAUUUUGUCAAUGACUAAGAUGUUCUUUUAAAGAGAUUUAAAGCCGAAUUCUGAUUUCAAUGUUUGCAUUUGGCUUUUUGAUUGUUUGACAUGAUUAUAGUGAGUUACAGGAAAGUUGGUGUGAACACAGAAUCCAUAUGUAAGCAUAGGAGUGGUUUCCUGAAUAAGGGCCCUGAUUGUAUAAGACUUUACACACAUUUAGUUCAAAGACAUUUCCAAGCGAAGGGAACAUUGCUCACUAGUUCAGAAAAUGUUUCUAGUGUAAUAUCAAUACCGCAUAACGGUAAAUUUUCAAAGUUUAAUUCUUGCUUUUUUCACCCUCUAUCAGCAAAUAAUAAAUAAACAAUAUAAUAUACAAACUAAUCAAAGGUUCAGGGUGAAUUCAAGACUGGUCAAAAAUUGCUUUUAUGGACGAAGGCCGGGAGUUUUACUGGACAAAAUUUUCCGCGUACACAGUUCUGCAGUUGGGUACUGUAAAAGCAUAUUUCGUUGGGGAUUUAAUUUCGUUUAUGUUGUGGUUUUAUAAAAAUUACGAAAUAUAUAAUCCCAAUGAAAUUUUAAACACAUGAAAUAUAAACUUAACAAAAAUAUUAAAUAAAGUAUAGAUUCUAUUACCAAUCCAUGGUGUGUUUACAUUUAGACUCUUUGUAUAUAAGCUACUGAGCAAAUUUUAAAUGAUACCCAUCAUAUGAGUAAAUUUAGCCCAAAGCUUCUUGUACUAAAUUUACCUGCAUGGUGUCGUCACAUGCCUGCCAAUUUGAACUUCAUACCUACCAAAAAAAAAUAGAAGGUUUUGAAAUAUUGAUUCCAUGAAAAUAAUCCCAACAAAUUUGUUCUCAUACAUAAACAAACGAAAAUAUAUGCUUGAAGAGGAUGGAAAGAAAUCUGAAAUUUUUUGUUCCUUUUGCUGAACAAAUUAAAUGAAACCAUGACAGAUUUUUAUAUAUCUUUAAUAUGGAUGAAGGGCAGGUUUAGUUUCCUGCUAUAAAGUUUAUCAUUUACUUUAUAACUUGUCUGUCUUUCGUUGGUAAAAUAUCCGUCCACCAGUUAUGCUAAUUUUGUCUUCCAUAAACAUGAAGGAAAUGUUGUAGAUUGUUGUGAUAGAUCCAGAUACCAGUACUGCCUUAUUUAUUAACUCAUUCACCCCUGAAAUUUCAUAAUGAACUAUUUCAACCUUUGAAUUGGAAGAGUUCAAAUGUGUCUUCAGGGGUGAAUGAGUUAACUACCUAUAUAUAUCGUUACUGUUCACUGUACUAGGUCUUGUCAUUUAAAUCUUCAAAACAUCACCAUUAUCAUUAUUGAUAUUAUUCAUCCUGUAUUUAUUUUGACCAAAGUUUGAGUGUAGAAAGAAGGAUAAUACCCUGCUUUAUGCAUUUUGAACGAUUAUUAUAUGAAGUUAAAUAGCAUUUUGACAUAAUGUCUCUGUCUCCUUGUGUGAUGAUUACCUGCAUCUGUGGACAAAACCUGAAUUGAAGCCUCUGCAAACGGUUGGACCAGAGUUGUUCAUUUAUGAAAUAAGGUCAGAACUAGUAAUAAACAACACAAUAUACAUAGACAUUUGAUGUGAAGGGUGAAAAUUGGGUUCAAUGUCGAAGGGCAAAAGUUUUCCUUGUACAGGUAUACAGUGUCUCUUUAAACUCAAUCUAAGCCCGUAAUUUGAAUAAUUACCUUUUCAGAUUUUAACUGCUACAACAUAUUCUAUUAGAUACCCUAUCAAGUUCUAUACACUCCAGUAUUACAUUACGAGAGAAGUAAAAUACAGGUGGUUGUACAAUCGUAAGAAAAGUGUUAAAUACGGACUGGGAUAAGGCUUAUUUCUUAGCUGAUGAUCUGCUACAGUUUAUGUGUGAGGAAUAACCACAAAUAUGUUGAGACCACAAAGCAUUCAAGUUUUGCACUAGUAUGCGCAUUAUUUUGGUAUAAUUACUGUAUAACUUUAGAUAAUAAUCCUCAUUAUACCUUAUACUUGAAUUAGAAAGAGAUACAACUGUUUUAAAAGUAAAUUUAUGUGUUUUAAAUAAUUAUCAAUUUCUGCUAAAAACAAAUAUUUUUCAUAAAACACAACAUUGUUCUUGAAUUUUAUGCCAAGCAACUUAAAUUAAUCAGAACGUAGAAUUAUAAAUAUUGAACUAAUUUUUUUUGCAGUAUUUGAUGUAUCUCUUUUGAUAUUGUCUUUUUCUUUUAGGUUUUACAAUAAAAUUUCAUCUAUCAUUGGGCAAAACCUUUUCACCACUGUAGACCAUAAUGGACUUAUCCAGAUUAAUACAAGGUAGAGUUUACUAAAGUAACAUAGGGGUGAAAAGGUAAAGUUAUUAUGGAGUACCCUGGAUAUCUGUAAAAACAGGGUUUUGCGUCGGGAGAAGAUGACUAUUGAGCUUAUAGAAAUAUAAUUAUGUAUUUAUCCGUCCACCAUAGAACACUUGUGUAUAGGGGUACAUUAUUUGUAAAUAGAAUCACAGGGGUCAGACACCAUAGAUAUAAUUAGUUGUAAGAAUAUUUCUAUAAACAUUAUACUCCUACAGCUAUUAAAUCAUUGUAUCUAGCCCCUGUGUGUGAGGUUGCUUUUGAUGUUGAUAUUUUAUUUACAUAUUUAAUAGAUUUUUGUUAAUUACUUUGUGUGUUCUUUAAACUUUUGCUUUAAUUUUGGGUUAUUUACCCUUUAAUUAAUAUAUGUAUCUGUAUCCUCACAUGUAAAUACAAUUAUGUAAACAGGCACAAAAAUUGAUUAUACAUAUAGUUUCACAACCAUUAUAGACUGCAUUUAAACAUAUCUGUUAGAAAUCACUUCAAGAGGCUAUAAUUGCAGCGAAAUUGAUGUAACCUUAACUACAGAUCUGGUACUCUAGAUAACAGAAUGGCAUUCCAGAUUUCUAUAACAAUUCCAUAUAUUUGUAUACAUGAGUUAGAAAAUCUGUCUCUAGUCUUCAUUCAAUUGCUGACUGUUAAAGUAUCCUAAUUAGGUAUCUUCAAUUCUAACAAGAACAUUUCAAUAUUUUUGAACCUAGGCUGUUAAAAUCUGCAAACCAUACUUACAGAAAAUAAAGCAAGUAAAUUCUGAAAAUGGUGGAAUAUAAAUCCCCUGCAAAAUAUAUUUAAAGCUUUUUAUAGUAAUUUAAUUUAGGGAGAAAACUGUAAUUUGAAGUUGUAAUUAAAAAGGUAGGAUAUAACCUAAAGUUCCAUGUAAAAAUGCUGGUUUCAUUAAUCUGGAAAAUUUGACAUAUUUUAAAGGGAGAUAACUCUAAUGAAAUUAAAGCUAUAAUAAAAAAAGUUAGCAUAGAACCUUAAAUACCCGGUUAUUAUUAAUUUAGAAUUUCUUUGUCUGAUUUGGUUUUUCUUCAUUUAAGGAUCAAAGUCUGAAUGAUAGUGGAUUUUUUAUAGGUAGGGAUUUAGUUUUUGAAGGUCAAGUGUUCCAUCCCUUCACCAUUUACAAACUUCCAUGAAAAAGUAUCUUAUUAUGGCCACUGGGUUCUUUUUAUUAAGAAGUCUGGAAGGUUCUGCAAUCAUCCUCAUUUUCUAAUUGUUUUUAGAGACCAGGUUUUUUAUUUGAUAAUUUGAAACUUUUAACAUUCUGGAGUCAUUGUACAUUUUGUAAUACAUGUAUACACAUAAAUACUAUAACUGUCCACUUUUGUUGUCAUGAAAUGAAUGUAUCAUAGACAGUCACUAUAUCUAAAACAUCACAGUACUGUAUAUAUACAUUAGAUAUUGUAUAUACACAGUACUCUGAUGUUUUUGAGUUUCUAAAGUUUCUAGUCUGAAGCAAUGUAUAAUUCUUCACAGUAAUGAUAGUCCAUUUCUUCCUCAAUUGUUUUCUUUUUAGAAUUAUUAAACAUUCACGCUGUAAUGAUUCAGAUGAGUAAUUCAUAUGAUGAACUUUUUAAGAAUGGUUUACUUGUCAUGAAUUAUUGUCCAACUGACAUUGUAUUUACACCUUUUGCCAAAGUGUUGAUGAAAUUUAUUAAAUUUUAAUGUUAAAAAUGUUGCUAAAAUUUCUCUUCCAUGAACCAAUGUCAAACUUGUCCUGUUUUCAGAACAAUGGUCAAAAUAAAAUACAUUUUGUCAAAUUAUACUGUAUAUUAAAAAUAUAUAAAAUCCUUACUG